GCGCUCACCAUUGGUCGGACACGUGUCUGGGGCGUUUCUCUGGGACUGCCCGGUUGUGUCCGGGUAAGAUGGCGUUGGAAGAGCAGUGCUCGGCACCACCUCGAUGGCGGUCCAUAUCUCUAACACACGUAGAGUUCCCGGAGGAUGAUCUGACGGGACAAGCGCUGGCCUACAUCAGCCUCCUGCCCGUAGCAAUUCUUGUAGGUUUUGUCACACUCAUAGUGUUUAAACGGGAACUGCACACGAUUUCCUUCUUUGGUGGUCUUAUCUUGAACGAAGGAGUGAACUGGCUGCUGAAGAACAUUCUCAGAGAGCCGCGCCCAUGUGCAGGGGCUCACUCAACCCUGUACUCAGAGUAUGGGAUGCCCUCCAGUCAUUCCCAGCUUAUCUGGUUCUUUGUUGUUUACUUCUUUCUAUUCCUUUAUUUAAGAAUGCAUCAAACGAACAAUGCUCGAUGUGUGGACCUACUGUGGAGGCACAUACUGUCCAUUAUCCUGUUGGGCAUGGCCUUAUCAGUCUCCUACAGCAGAGUCUACCUGUUGUACCACAGCUGGAGCCAGGUUUUCUAUGGCGGAGUGGCCGGUAGUACAAUUGGCAUAAUCUGGUUCUUUUUCACACAAGAGGUGCUGACACCAUUAUUCCCCAAAAUAGCAGCGUGGCCAAUAUCAGAGUACUUCCUGGUGCGAGACACAAGCCUGAUCCCCAACAUCUUAUGGUUUGAAUAUACAGUGACCAGAUCAGAGGCAAGGAACAGACAACGAAAGCUUGGAACAAAACUUCAGUGAUCUCCAGUUCUUUUGUGCAACUGAGUUUAGGACCACACGUACACACACGCAUCCUUAUCCACACAGACAUAAACAAACGCUCACUCGACAGAAACACACUGGAGAAGCAUCUUUUGGACUGACGCGGUUGCAAGGAGUAAAGGGCAAAAACACCGUUUACAGGUGGCGAAAGAGUGCCUGGACCUGGCCCGGAGCCUACAGCCUGAGCAAGUCCGUCCACACGCCUCUCCUUCUUGUACAGCUUGCCCUAAAUGCUCUUCAAUGCAUGCAAGACUGUGCAAGAGGCAUCCUAUUUAAUGAUAGAUUAAUAUAUAUAUUUUAACUAUAAACGCACGCUGACAGUAACAGUGUACUGUAAGAGAUUCAAGGAGCCGCAAAAGGAGGCUUUGGUCAAGUUUUAAACAAAGUGGUGGGCGUCAUUGCAGCAUGUAUUUAGUGAUUCCUUUUUUUAAUAUUCAGAUGGAUAGCUGGUGGGAGUAGGUGGGGAGGGGGGUUGGUUAUGGCUUUACUGGGGGGUAUGUAUGUGGAAUUAACAAUUUUUCAUUGUUAUAUAUAAAAGAUGAACAAUUUCUAAAAUUGGUUAUGAUGUAAUAUACAUAAAAAUUUGCACUUUGUGAAAUUUACAAGUGAAAAAAGAAAGACUAACACUAGUUAAAUGUUAAGGUCCUCCCCUUCUUUUCCCUCAUCGGUCUUUGCUUUGUGUCUAUGACUGUCAGUUCUAAUAUAUUAGACUCCAAAGCUGAUCUGCGAGCAGUGUAAAUUUAAUGUACCUUCUGUACUAUUGAGGUUGUGGCUUCUGUUCAUAUCCACGUUCGAUGGUUAUGAGACGGAAUCACAGCAGCAGGUUUGAGUUACUUUCGUUGUUGAACACGCUUUGGACUGAGAGGGUUUUUUCUUAAUGCCUCACACAGUAGCAGCCUGGGAACAGAAUUCUGGGAAUCAGUUUUCUUUUUUUAAAUUCCGUUUCUUAUCUUGUUUUCUGCUGUGGCAGGGAACAGUUUUCUUUUUACCUGCAUUUCCAAGAUAACAUUCCGUAUCAUUUAGUGAGGAAACAUAAUGACUGCUGAGGGGAUAUGUUUUCUUUUUGUAUUAUUUUUGAAGAAAGGAAAAACAAAAAAAAGCCUCAGGUCAGUCGUAGCAUGUGAUUAUGCUUAUUCCUCACAGCCUACGGCAGCUGAUAAUGGAAGCUGUCGAGUGGGGAUCUGAAGCUCAUUUAAAACUGUCAUAUCAUUUGCUCCACAAAGGGAAGUAGUUCUUUUAGAAUUUGAUUUUUUUUUUUUUUUCCAUGUGUAACCUAUAUCAGGCUGAAUAAAAAUGUGUUUAUGUAUAA